AUGAUGAUUUCCAGCCCAUCAUACCAACUAGAAAAAGAACAAGUAUGCGUUAUUGUUAGUUUAAAUGCAUGUGAAAGUCUUAUUAAAUUUAAACAACUCUCCUUAAUAGUUCGAGAUAGUACAGGAAAUAUUAAACCUGGAAAAAAGUUCAAAGGAAAAGGCAAAGCUGUAGACACUGAAGUUGCUUCCACUUCUAGUUUUCAAAACAUUGAUGAAAAUUUAAAUGAUGCUGAAGCAGAUAUGGAUAUAGAUAGUUCGUCAAUAUAUAUCACCACAAAAUAUGACGCUGGUGAAGCAAGCAAACAAGCAGAUAAUACAGAUAAUCCUGUUUCGUGGACUGUCCAGUCAAGGGAUACUUCUUCUCCUUCUGUACCUAAGGCUUCUUACUCAUCUACAACUUCUGUUGAUCCUGAAAUUGUUCUAAAAUCUGUUAAAAAGAGUAAUGAACCACAUGAAUCUUCUAAUGCUACACCCAACCGUAUAAUGGCCGUUAAAACCACUAUUACGCAGUUUUGUGAACAGAAGUUGUUUAAGAAGGAUGAAAAAGCAAGCAAUCUUCGUGAGAAACUGAAAGCAAAUGGUUAUACUGAGCAAGCCAUCAAAACAGCUAUCCGGAAAGAGGUUUAUCAGCCAUGCAACCAGGUGAAGCAAGCCAUUGCAAAAAAAGAGAUUCCAGAGAGAGGUCUUUUAGAUGCUCAAUCUUUAGAAGUAUUGGCUAUGUUUUACGCAAGUUACACAGAGAACUACUCUUUCCAAAGAAAUUCCGUUUAUUAUGACGUAAAGGCAAGACCAGAGAACCAUUUCAAGGCUUUUUUUAAACUAGCUGUAAUGUUUGAAGCGAAAAAAAUGAAAAUGUUUACCUGUUUUCCUUUACGCACUACUUUUAUUCCUUGUUAUAUGACAUUGGAUAGCAAAAUAAUCCAUCAUCAUAUUCUCAAAAAAAAGUCGCAACUAAAAGCAGAGAACAAGUUUGACACAUGGGGUGAUGUAGUUAACCUUCAGAACAAGGUUUUCAAGAACCAAGGAUUUGAUAAAUCUAUACGAUUUCAAGGGACCAUCGAAACAGAUGGAGUUGGUAUAUCAGUCAUAAAACAAAAUAUGGAUACCAACAGAAAGACAUCCAAAGCAAAGAAUACAACAAAGGUUACUGUUGAUCAAACAGAAUAUAUAGAGAAGGUUAGCCAAUCAGACUUGAGAAGGACUGAAGGAAACUGUGUUCUUAUAGAUCCUGGAAGACGUGAUCUUAUGUAUUGCCUCAAGGAAACUAGUAAAACAGAAGAUAAGCAAACUUUGAUAUAUACAAAGAUGAAUAGAACAAAAAUGCAAAGACAUCUCAGACUUUUGAGAGAAAAAACAAAACCUGUAAUUAUCAAGGCUGCUGAGGUGGUUUUGUCAAAAAUCGAAUCCUUUUCAGUAAAGAUAACAAACUAUUCCAACUAUAUCAAAGAAAGAGCAUCUGUCGAUAUUCUAUUAAGAGAGUAUUAUGGAAACGAAACUUACAAUACAACACAAGUAUAUUUUCCUGAUUCGUGCUUUGAAUUCAAAGUGACCAACAAAGGUGAAUUGUAUUUUGGGAAUUUGUAUGUGACAAGAAUUCGAGGCUACUACCCCCAACCCCAAGCUCCUCCUGAUGAUUUUACUAAUUUCCAAAUGUAUGCUACUUAUUUGGAUAUUAUGAUGCAACAAAAUCAUGUGAAAAGACGUUUGAAUAACACGGAAAAAGCAGAAAUACUUAAAAUUAUGUCAGAAACAGGUCAAGUGGAUCUAUUGAGGAAUCGUGCAAGCCAACGUUUAGAAAAGCUACAGAUUUUGCCAUUCCGUAAACUAAAGUUUUCUAGCAAACUGUACUUUGACAAAAAUGAUGCUCAAUUAGUUAGAAAGCUGAAAAACAAGUUUGGAUCCAAUACAACGCUGAUACUUGGAAAUUGGUCAGCACCAAACGUCAAGUUUCAAGAGCCAACUAGGAAUAAAGGGUUAAUUGAUAUGUUAAAGAAGAACGGAUUUAAACUAUAUUUAAUUGACGAAUACAAGACGUCUUCUUUUUGUCCUACAUGCGAAAGUCCUUUGGAAAAGUUCAAAACCAUAGUGAAUCCAAUUAUAUCAAAGACGAAAAAUGCCGACCAUUACAUGUCAUGGAUUACUUCGUGUCAAAACUGUAUAUGGUUGUGA